CUCCGCAGUCCUUUUAUCCAAAAUACACAACCUUUUCUUCAUAGACAAACACAUCAACCGCAUUCCAUGCACUCAGUGGCUGCUGUGCGAUCUGCAGGUGUACUUGGGACAUGCAACUACGAUGGAAGCCUCGAUGCGACGGUGUCUUGUCACGCCUCACCUAUGCGACUUCAGACACGCGAUGAAACGCGUCCGCACUCUGCAUCGCGCACCACUGCCACGACGUGAACGGCUGCUUUUAGAGCCGCAGGCACACAUCUCAGGUCGACGACUUAGGAUGCCUUCCUUACGAGAAACGAUUGCUGAUGCGCCGGUAUUAAAUUAACACACGGGUGCAAAGUAGGUAUAGACCGCAAGCCCAGGCCAUGAUCCUCCCUUCCGCCGGACACAUUUUCACGGACGAUCAAGCUUCGACACGCCUUUGGCUGGUCGAUCGUGGUUGUUUCCUGAGGCGUUUCUUCCUUCCGAGGGCGUUCGAAGCUCUUCCGAGGGCGCGUUGCACGAUCCAUGCCCAAAUGAAACACCAAGAUCGUACCCGAACGGUCGCAGAUCUACCCGGAUCUCCCUCUCCGGCCCACUUUGGAACACAAUACAAGCGUAGUUUUCAAUGCUUGGCCAUGGUCAAGCUUUUAGAUGGGGCGCCUGGUGGUCUUCGCGGCCCUCCAGUGGCUUCAUUUACUGUUCGCGCGGCCCACAUUUCGAUCUUUCCAAACCCAAGGCGACUGGGCAUGAGACUAGGCACGAAACUUUCACCUGAUGGCUGUCUCCAGACGUUUGGAGACCCUUCGAGGCUGUCUCGCGGGCGGAAAGUGCGUUUGCGGCCGGCAUCAAGCUCCGUCUCUCCUAAUGGCAUGACUUUCGAUGCCAAAAGUGUUUUCGGUUCGCUCGCAACCAGCAGACUAUAUAUCUUGGUCUUGGGGCCUCUUCCUAAGGAUCAGAAUUGCAGGUCAUUCGCAUCAACUUCCUAUUCCAACAUCUGAUACAUUUCUUUAAUAUCCAGUCCGCGACUGUCUUCCACUCACUACGAUAAUUUAAUCUCGACCACUACAACCUCAACAUGCUUUUCUCCACUAUCCUCGCCGCCGGGCUUGCUCAGGCCAUGACCGCUUCCGCUGCCACUAUGAUGGUCACCGUCGCGGCAAACAACAAGUUCCAGUUCACUCCCAAC